ACUUGCAUCAUCUGAAUACUUUUUUUGGGGGGGACACUCAGCAUGGCGUUUUGCAAAGCUGCAUCUGUGGGGCUUGCCUUGACACUUUUCUCUGUGUAUCUGUGCACUGUGCACUGCACAACUACUAGGUACUUUACCUAUGAAGAGGACGCACCCGGGACGGAAAUAGGGAAUUUAUCCCAAGAUUUAAAGAUUGAUCCGUCUGAUGCCCAUGACACAUCUUUCCGCUUCAUGCAGGAGAGCAACACCUCAGUUAUUCACAUGCGGGAAAGUGACGGACUCCUGACGGUCGCAGAUGUGAUCGAUCGGGAGCAGCUCUGCCCCAGAUCCCCUCGCUGCUUCAUCACCUUCAACAUCGUGGCCCACUCCAGGGAGAAGUUUCAGCUCAUCCACGUGGAGAUCGAGGUGAAGGACAUCAACGACCACUCUCCGUACUUCCCACUCAACGAAACGAAACUAGAGAUAGUUGAAAACGUCCCCCUGGACUCCAGGUUCCCGCUCCAGAUCGCUCUCGACGAGGAUGUGGGUGAUAACUACAUCCAGAGCUACAACAUCUCCCCCUGCAGACACUUUGCUGUGGAAGUGCGCGAAUUGGAGGACGGAGUGAAGUUUGCCGAGCUGGUUCUGGUGAGUGAGCUGGACAGAGAAGUGGAGGACUCUUACACUGUACAGGUGACUGCGUCUGAUGGAGGAGCGCCUCCAAAGUCGGGAUCUAUGACUGUGAACAUCAAAGUGUUGGACUUUAAUGACAACAGCCCGGCUUUUGCGCACAGCUCCCUGAAAGUUGAGUUGGAGGAAGACUCCCCGGUAGGUCACCGAGUACUGAAAGUGCACGCCUUCGAUCCGGACCAGGGCAUCAACGGGGAAGUCGUGUAUGCGUUCCCGGAUGAGCUGUCAUCCGAAGCGGCUCAAACUUUCCACAUCGACCCUUACUCCGGGGAUGUGACCCUGAAGGCGCUGGUUGAUUUCGAGAAAAGGAAGUCAUACGAGCUGAUCAUCAGAGCCUCGGAUCAGGGCGAGAACUCCGUCCCGUCCACCUGCACGGUCGUAAUCGAGAUAGUGGACGUGAACGAUAACGCCCCGGAGAUCAUCAUCAAGCCGAUGACCUCCAGUAGCGACUCGGUGGCCUACAUCACCGAGGCUGCGGCAGCGGAGAGCUUCGUUGCGCUGAUCAGCACCUCGGACAGAGACUCGGGCUCCAACGGAUACGUGCGCGUCAACCUGCUCGGGCACGAGCAUUUCACCCUGCAGCAGGCUUACGGGGAGACGUUCAUGAUCGUUACCACCGGUACUCUGGACAGAGAGAAGAUCCAAGAAUACAACUUGACUGUAGUGGCAGAGGACCUGGGGACUGCCCCGUUUAAGACGGCCAGGCAGUACACAAUCAGUGUAACAGAUGAGAAUGACAACCCCCCUCUUUUCAGUAAGUCUGUGUAUGAAGUUUCAGUUUUGGAGAACAACAUUCCUGGCUCAUACAUUACUACCGUUGUUGCUCGAGAUCCUGACAUGGGAAAGAACGCAAAAGUUUCCUACAAACUCUUAGAUUCAGAAAUACCGGGAGGAUCUCCAGUGUCCACCUAUGUUUCUGUAGACUCAAUCUCAGGGUCCUUGUACACUUUGAGGUCUUUUGAUUAUGAGACGCUCCAACAGAUUGAGGUGGUCAUCCAAGCAGAGGACAGAGGCUCCCCCUCUCUGUCCAGCACCUCAAUGAUCCGGAUCAGAGUCGUGGAUCAGAAUGACAACUAUCCAUAUUUCACCUUCCCUGUCCUGCUGAAUAACUCUGCUGAUAUCCCUCUUCCCUACAAUGCCCCCGCAGGCUAUCUUGCCCUUCAGGUAGUAGCAGAAGAUGCGGAUGAGGGGGUGAAUGGCGAGCUCUCCCACCAAAUUCUGGAAGGUGAUCCAAAGCUGUUUACCAUGAACAAAAACACUGGAGAGAUUGCUUUGAAGCAGUGGCUCACAGCCGAAAUAGGGGACGUGUUGGAAAUUAAAAUCACAGUCAGUGACAAUGGAAGGGCCCCUCUGUCUAGCAGUGCCACUAUUAGGUUUGUGGUUUCAGAUACAGAACCCCCUGAAGACCAGGUUGUCAUUGUCCUACAGUCAAGUGAGGAAGAAGGCUCCUCGUUCGAUGGCUCACUAAUCAUCAUCAUUGUGCUCAGUGGGGGUUGUGCCUUCCUGCUAAUUGCAAUUGUGGCCGUCGCCCUCACGUGCAAACUGAGCCGUGGGGGAAGAAGAAGCCGUGGCAGAAAGAGAGAGGUGUGCCAGGGCCUGUUUGACGGCAGGCCCCAUUCCAUGCUCAGCUCUGCAGAACCAAACAUUUACACGGGCCAGCAGGGGUUCUUCCAUGAGAGGACGUCUUUGUCUCUGGAUGAUUCCUGCCUCUACGAGGAGAGGAGCAGAGACUCAGAAUCGAAGAUCUUCCUGCCCUCCAAGCAUUUUCAGCCAACGUCUGUGUGGCAAGGUGACAGAUACUGCUUGCAAGUGAGCGGCCUCAGCAACAAUGACCAGCUGAGCGUGAAGGACAGCGGUAAAGGGGACAGUGACUUCAAUGACAGCGACUCAGACGUCAGUGGAGAUGGCGGCAAGAAGAACUUCAGCACCUUCCAACCCAGACUGAAAAGUACUAGUAGCAGCUUAUCUAGAGACUGCCAAAGUGCCUACUGUGUGAUACCACAGAGGAGCUACAGGAACUCUAGAGAAAAUGCCUACGCAAUAGGCUUCUCCCCCAUGCCUGUUUUCAGCAAUCCUCACAGCAUUAGGAAGGACUGUGGAUACAACACAAACCAGCCAAAACCAAGAAGCAACAUGCAGACAUUUUCCAGAUCUGGGACUCUUCCUUCCUACUUCCCCCAGCAGCUUCAUGAAACUGAUGCAGGACAGGCCACGGUCCACCAGGAGACUCCCAACAUUGUAACAGUGGCUACAGAAUCUGAAGUUGCAACUAUCUUUUAAUAAAAUGUGCAGGUAAUAUUAUUUAGCCGCACAUUGUGGAUGUACAUGUGUAGAAGUUUGUAUCAUAUUCUUAAUUAACAAGUGUACAUAUUUGUUCAUGAGGAAAAUGUGGGAGAAUGUUUAUUGGAUAUGGACGAAUCAAGCUUUUCCUGGCUGAUACUUAUUAUUGCGUGUCUGUGAAUUGCCUGUUUUAACUUUGACAGGUCAUUUUUUUCCCUAAUAAUUAUUACAUAUAGAAGAAAAAAUGUGCUGCACAUUUUUGUUUGUUUAUAAAUCACACAGGAAGUUAAGGCUUUACUAGCUUACCACAAUUUAUGUAUCAAUGCAUACGUACCUAAACUUUACCUAAUUUCUCCGAGCAAAUGCUGAUUUGAGGGUUAUAGACCAAAAAUGGUCAGACCUCAUUGUAUUGAUUUAUUUAAUGAAGAGGGAAAAACAAAUAUUUUUUCAGUAUUUAACUUGCUAAUCACUGGUCAUAGCCAAUCAAGGAAAAAUUGUCCACUUCCGCUCUUUGGAAGAUUGGUUGGUGCACCUUGGUGUAUUUGUCUUUCAUUAUUUGAGUUUCAGUAUAUUGUUUCCUGUGGUGUCUACUGCUGUGUUUCUGUUCUUUUUUGUC